AUGGAGUCUUGCUCCCCAUGCAAUGUUCCUGUUCAAAAGGGUGAUAAGCUCUUUAAAUCUGAAUGUCCUCAAAAUGAUAAAGAAACUUAUGAAAUGGAAAGAGUCACAUAUGCUUCCGCUGUUGGCAGUUUGAUGUAUGCUCAAGUUUUUACUCGUCCUAUUGCUUAUGCAGUUAAUGUUUUAGGGAGACACUUGAGUAGCCCAUAUUGUCCUGACGACCGAAAGUCUACUUCUGGUUUAAUUUUUAUGAUGGCAGGAGGAGCUAUUUCGUGGAAGAGUGUUAAACAGACUCUUAUGUCUACCUUAACCAUGGAGACAAAAUAUGUAGCUUACUAUGAAGUUACUUAUCAAGCUAUGUGA